AUAAUUGAACGUAAACAUAGGUAUAAUUAGGAGGAGAUAACCCUUGUGCUCAGAAAAAUACGUGGACACAGUAAAUUAAGUUGGAACAUAGUGAAAUGGCAGUUGCAGAAAGCAUUACCAAUAACAGAUCCUCAAGAUGGUCGCUCAAUGGAAUGACCGCUCUCGUUACCGGUGGAACUCGCGGCAUCGGGCAUGCCAUCGUGGAGGAAUUGUGUGGAUUUGGGGCCAAAGUUCACACUUGUUCCAGAAACGAAGCAGAGCUGAAUAAUUGCUUGGAUGAAUGGCGUGGCAAGGGGUUUUUGGUUUCUGGAUCAGUGUGUGAUGUGUCAUCUCAAGCCCACAGAGAGAAUCUCAUUCAGAAAGUGACCUCCACCUUCAAUGGCAAACUCAACAUUUAUGUGAAUAAUGUUGGAGCAAAUUUUAGGAAGCCAACAAUUGAGUACACUGCUGAAGACUAUUCACAAAUGAUGGCAAUUAAUUUAGACUCUGCAUUCCAUCUGUGCCAACUUGUGCAUCCUCUUCUAAAAGCUUCUGAAAUGGGAAGCAUUGUGUUCAUUUCAUCUAUUGCUGGUGUGGUGAGCUUAGGUACUGGAACAGUCUACGCCACAAGUAAAGCUGCAAUUAAUCAGCUUGUGAAGAAUCUGGCUUGUGAAUGGGCAAAAGACAGCAUAAGGAGCAAUUGUGUUGUUCCUGCAACCACCAAUACACCACUUGUAGAACAUUUGCUGCGCAACAAGAAGUACAUAGAUGAAAUGCUGUCUCGAACUCCUCUUGGGCGUAUCGCGGAACCUAAAGAAAUUUCAUCCUUGGUGGCUUUCCUUUGUCUGCCCGCGGCCUCUUACAUCACCGGACAGGUCAUUUCGGUUGAUGGAGGCUUAACUGUGAACGGAUUCCAACCCAGCAUGAGAAUAACAUAACAUUCAUGUUACUUCCCACUUCCCAGUUAAUUGUUGUUAACCAUCUUCAGAAUAAAGGUUCCACAUUCUUUCAUUUUUUUCAUCCUUGUGUCUUGUAAGUGACAGAUUAUUUCUGUUGAUCAAGAACGGACCCU